UGUAAUGAGUAUGGAAAAGCCUUUACUCAAGGCUCACACCUCAGUACACAUCAAAUAAUCCAUACCAGAGAGAAACUUUACAAGUGUAAUGAGUGUGGCAAGGUCUCCAGUCAGAAUUCACACCUUAUAAAUCCCUGGAGAAUCCAUACAGGCGAGAGACCUUUCAAAUGUAAGGAGUGUGGCCAAUCCUUCAGCAUCCAUGCAAGCUUAAAUAAACAUCAGGUAAUCCAUACGGGCGAGAGACCUUACAAAUGUAAUGAGUGUGGCAAGGCUUUUAUCACGGGUUCACACCUUAGACUUCAUGAGAAAAUUCAUUCUGGAGAAAAAACAUACAAAUGUAUUGAAUGUGGCAAGGCUUUUAGACAAUGGUCUGACCUCAGGAUUCACCAAAGAAUUCAUCCUGGAGAGAAACCUUACAAAUGCCAUGAGCGUGGCAAAGCCUUUACUCGAGGCUCACCUGUCACCAGUCAUCAGAUAAUCCAUACUGGAGAGCCUUAUAAAUGUACUGAAUGUGGCAAGGCUUUUAGGUAUUGCCUUAAACUCAGGGUUCACCAAAUCAUUCAUAUUUACAAAUGCAACAAAUGUGGCAAUGUUUUAAAUUAGUACUCUUCACUGGAUAUGAGUAAAUAUCCUGGAGAGAAACCACACAGAUGUAAUGUGUGUGACAAGGAUUUUACCCAAAGAUCAGAAGUUCGGGAACAUACUAGAGCAUAUACCUUAUAAAUGCAAUGAGUGUGGCAAAGCUCUUAGCUUGAGUUCCAAGUAUUUUGCAACAGGAAUCGAUGUUGAAAGGAAACCAUGUAAGUGUGGCAGAGCCAUUAUCCAGUCCUUGCAGAGAAAUCACAGAAAACUAAUGUGCGUGCUAAGGCUUUUGCCCCAAGGCCAAAACAUCAGAGGAUUUAUAUUGAAGAGGCACCUUACAAA